AUGUCGGUACGUGCAUUAUCCUCUUUAUCUACGAAAGUCUCCAUACACCCGGAUUGCAUAACUGCCUACAACGAACUCCGACUCGGUCGCGGAAAGACAAAGUUCAUCAUCUUCAAGAUCGCUGACAAUCGACGAGAAAUUGUCGUGGACGAAGCCUCUGGCGAGCCUGAUUAUGAGGUGUUUCGCGAAAAACUCGAGAAUGCUAAAGAUUCAAAGGGCGCUCCAGCUCCAAGAUACGCAGUCUACGAUGUUGAAUUCGAACUUGAAGGCGGAGAGGGCAAGCGCAACAAAAUUGUCUUCAUUUCAUGGGUGCCUAACGAAACGCCUACCUUCUGGUCGAUGCUAUACGCAACCAGCCGACAGACUUUGAAGAACGCCAUCAACCCACAUACAAGUAUCCACGCCGAUGACAAAGCCGAACUUGAAUGGAAGUAUGUGCUCGCCGAAGCCAGCGGACACAAAGCUACCAAAUAA